AUGAGAAAAUAAUAAUUACAAGACGAAUAAUCCCAAUUGCAGCAGGCUGCAAGGAAAUCCGAGAAAAUGCAGGCAACAAGGAAUGCAGCGGCUUCCGCAAAAGAGACGGCGGCCAACUUAGCCGCCUCCGCCAUGGCCGGCCUGGAAAAGACCAAGGCCACGUUGCAAGAGAAGGUGGAGGAUGCGGCGGCUCAGGAUCCGGUGCAGAAGGAGAUGGCGACAGAGAAGAAAGAGGAAAGGAUCAAGCAGGCGGAGUAUAACAAGCUUGCGGCGCGUGAGCAAAAUGCUGCCGGACGACAAGCAGCUAAAGCCGGUGGGAUGGAGAAUUACUCGACUGGCGGAGCUGGUGCCGCCACUAAUGCUGGCAAUAACCCUGAUUGGCUCACCGGGAAUAACCCCAUUGCCGGGAGUAGUACUGAUGCUGCUAUGGACCAAUUUGAACAUAAUCCUGGACAGGCACGUUUGAACCCUACUAAUCGGGGCGGUGGACCUGGUGGUGGCCCCAUGCCCACCUCCGGCCACGGUACUGGUCCGUAAAACUAUUAGAUUUUGUAUUCACAGCUAGCCAUUUAAUUUGUGGGAGGUGGGCUUCAUUCUGUGCUUGGAAUUUGGUGGUGAUUUCUUGAGCAAAUGUAGUAUGAUGCAUGGCCACCUGAAUAAAUACAUCUCUAACCAUCAUCUUCAAAUUA